UAAGCAGAUGUUAUUAAGGAAGGCAUGAGUUAUCGGUCGACAGCGACCCCUGGUGCUACAUCUAACAGGGAGGUUCCUGUUAUACGCCUCCAAGCGGAUUCAGAACUCUGGAAAAUUUAUGAAUUUGGAAAGACAUUGGGUCAAGGAAGUUUUGGAAUUGUUUAUGAAGCCACUCACAUCGCGACACAAACAAAAUGGGCGAUAAAGGAGGUUCGCAAACCAGCGGCAGGAAGUUCAAAGUUUAAGAUGUUGGAUAACGAAAUAAACAUCCUCAAGCAAGUAGACCACGCCCACAUAAUACAUCUUGAAGUAACCUACAAUACACCUACGAAGAUUUGUCUGGUCACUGAGCUCUGCAGAGGAGGCACCCUGAAGCAGCAGCUCCAUCAAAAAAAAUUCUUUACAGAGGAUGAAACGAGAAAAAUUAUAUAUUGUUUAGCUGAUGCAGUCGUCUACCUUCAUAAAAGAGAUAUAGUGCACCGGGACCUGAAACUUGAAAACAUUCUUGUGAAGAAUUCUCCUGAUGAUAAUGAGGACUGGUUUGACAUUAAGGUGGCAGACUUUGGACUGUCGGUGAAGGCAGACGGUGUUGGGAUUAGGAAGGUAUUGACGGAUUCCUGUGGGACUCUCCUCUAUAUGGCCCCUGAAAUGAUGAGUGGCCGCGGUUACAGCCAUUGGUGUGAUGUAUGGAGCAUCGGAGUCAUUAUGUUUAUGCUGCUUUGUGGAGAGCCUCCAUUUCAUUCCAAAUCAAAGGAGAGACUGGUCAGGAAAAUUAUGCGCAAGCAAGUAAAAUUUACUCAACCCGUUUGGGCCACAGUUAGUGAUGGAGGAAAAUAUGUCCUGACUUGCCUUCUGAAGACUGACCCUGCUUACCGCUUGUCUGCUCAUCAACUGCUAGAUCAUCCCUGGAUUACAGGUGACACAACUGUGCCUUUGGGCCCGAGCAACGUGUUGGAGAUGAUGAAACACUAUGUGGGAAACGAAGACGGUAAUAAUGAAGAAGAAAAUGAGACUGAGAAUGACUCUGUGUCCACCUCUUCGGAGGACGAUGAGGUGCCAGGCCUGGACAUUAUCUGCUUGCCCUCAAAGAAAAGCAGCCCUUGUGAGUCCACAAAAGCUGCAAAAGCGAAGGUUCAACCCUCAAAAGGUUCAAAAGUAAAGAUUUCCCCUGAGAGAAGCACCUCCAGACCGUCCACAUCCACCAAGCUGAGUCUUAGUAUAAAAAGUUCAACCCUGCUGAGUUCAAUAUCGGAAAAAUCUGAAGACAAGACGGAUGCAACCAGUCUCUCAACAAAGUCAGAGAAGGGACAUUCAUCUAGCCGUAAAACAGAAACACCUCUGCCACAUGGCAAAGCAAAAAAGCAACACAGAAAAAAAAGGUCAAAAAAGGGCAAAUCCAGCUCAUCAGAGCAAAAAAUCAAAACGAAAGAAAAAAAAGAAAUAAAGGGGAAAAAAUGAGUCGAAUCAAUCAUAUGAGAAAACGUAGAAGGGAAUCGUCGUGUUUUGAUAAUUUUAAUAUUUAUGCAUUUCUGUUUUUUUUUGUUUUUUUUUAUGUUUGGUUGUAGCAGAUGUGAAUGUAACUGCAAUCAGUGGUGCUACCCCAGCUGUGCUGGCUGGGGAGGAAGCAGGGGCUGCAGUGUUCAAGGAACGGUCCUCAUAUGUAAUGUGACAAUAGUUCAAUAUGAACAAACCUAUUGCACUUUGGGUGAGCAUCCUGAGCAGUGCUACCUUGUGCCAAUGCGGAGGCCCUACUCUGAGCUGUUUUUCCCGCUAGACACAAGUAAAAUCAUCAGACAGGUAAAAUAUGUUUUUUUUUUUUUUUUUAUUAAGAGAAGUUAACAUGGGAGAAUGAAUACUUUCUUAUCAGAGUCUACCGAUACAGUUACCUUACAGGAAGAUAGAUUCAGUGAGAAAAAGUUACCUUGGAAACUUACACAAAGUGAAUGCAGUAGUCAUUUGUUUAUUGCUGCUAGCAAAUAAUAUAAAUGUUAUCUUUUUACUUUUACCCUCUGCUAAUAUUUUCCUUUUUACAUUGUAUUCUUAUCUUGUUUCACUGCUACAUGCACAGAUAGGGAAUAAAACGAUAGAAAUGAACCAAACCUGAAACAGACUUGGCACCAGGCUAAAUGUAGUGUGUGAAUUCUAUUUUACAUAUGCGCAUGCUACUGUGGCACAUGUACACACAUCCAGGGCUUGAUUUGUGUUUUAAGAAUUACAUAUUUAACUGCAGGGACACUAAAACAGAACACAAACGAUUAGUUUGGAUAUCAUUUCACAACACCGAACUAUGCAAUAGGGAUUUUGCUCCCUUUGUGCUCUGACCUCUCAAUCCCAAAGCGUUGCAUAUGCAGUGACUGCACCCACUCAGUGUCAAAACAGAGAAACUGUCACACAGGCUGGUUACGCUCCAUCUAAAUGCAGAGGAUUGGGACUGAGGGCAGCCACGGGUCUAAUCUCGUUUGGAGGCCACUGAAAGCAGCAGCAGCUACUUUGAGGGCACUGCCAUUCAAGCACAGGUUUUUUUUUUUUUUUUUCCCCCCGCUGUAGAGAGAAUAAUCCCCAGCACAGAUACAACAUUAACGUAUCCAAGCAUAACACACAGAGGGUGAAUUUCAAAUCCACCCAUUUGCAUCUUGAAGUGAAUGAGUGCCAACAAUGGGCCCGUGUUCCUCCACAGGCUUUAUGUUUUAGUGCACAUGUGAGAAUGUAGCCUGAUCAGUUUUAUAUUUAUGUUUUUUAGGACACAAGCGAUUGUUGAUAAAAGCUGCUUGCCAAAAAAAAAGCAAAAAAAACAAAAAGGACUGCUCUGCUACUGCGGCGUUACUGACACGCUGAAUGUCUCUGGUUUACUCAGAUUGCCAUAAAACAGCAGAUGGAGCUGUAUUUAGUUGCUGAAUUCAUUAAUUUGAGCUGUACCUAAAGCUACCUAAUUUUCAGCAUGAGGAUGUGUAAUUAGAAUUGAGUGCUUGAGCCACUGCCCAUUAAAAAAUGUGAUUUCCAUGUAAUCUGUCUCUAAUUAAUAUGUUGUAUGCUUACACCUCGACGGUCCAUGCAGUUAAAAUAAAGUUAAGACGCGACUCCUGU